UGAGAAGUACAAGUCAGUCCUGGCAGAGACAGAGGGGAUUUUGCAAAGGCUACAGAGGAGCGUGGAAGAGGAAGAGAGUAAAUGGAAGAUAAAAGUCGAAGAGUCGCAAAAGGAACUGAAGCAGUUACGCUCUUCGGUCAUUCCUUUGGAGCAUGAGAUGGAGAGGUUAAAGGAAGAAAUCAAAGAAGUUGAAACUCUUAAAAAAGAGAGAGAACAUUUGGAAAGUGAACUAGAAAAGGCAGAAAUAGAACGAUCUACUUAUGUUUCAGAAGUCAGAGAGCUCAAAGAUCUGUUGACUGAAUUGCAGAAAAAACUUGAUGAUUCAUAUUCUGAAGCAGUAAGACAGAAUGAAGAGUUAAAUUUGCUGAAAACACAGUUAAAUGAAACACUAUCAAAACUCAAAAUUGAUCAAAAUGAGAGGCAGAAGGUUGCUGGUGACUUGCCCAAGGCCCAGGAGUCCUUGGCAUCUCUUGAGAGAGAAAUUGGAAAGGCUGCUGGGGAUGCCAAUGUUAUUGAGAACAGCGAUGUUUGCACGGAGUCGGAAUUGACUGAUAAAAGACUAAAUGUGGCAGUGAAUCUUAACCAGGAUGUAGGUCAUCUCAAGAAGCUGCUUGUGUCAGUAAGCCAAAUGCUGUCCAAGGGACGAGAGCACUACCAGCUAGUAGAAUGAAGUCACCGGGGAAUCGUUAAUUUGAGGAUAGCAGAAGGCAUUGUAUUAUAUUUUGCCAAAUUAAAGCCUUAUUUAUGUUUUCACCCUUUCUACUUCGUCAGAAACACUGAACAGAGUUUUGUCUUUUCUAAUCCUUGUUAGACUACUGAUUUAAAGAAAAAAAAACAGCUCUGUAGACACCUCCAGAGUUUAGUUUUAUAAUAAAAAGGAAAAAAAAAACUGUUUGGAUAAUUAGACCUUUACAUUCCUGGAGAGACAGUAAACAUGUAAUCUUUUAUUUUGCUCAAUAAAACUUGUUCAGAAAACGCCAAUGUGGCAAAGUCACCGACGGAAUAUAACAUUUUAAUACUGAUGUUGUACACUGUUUUACUUAAAAUACAUUUUGGGAUUAGCUGCCUCUGACUUCAACCUCAAGUAAACACUCCUUUUUUUUUUUUUUUUUUUUCGGUUGCUAAUGUAAUCAGUUUUUGUAAUGGUGUCAGCAAAUAAAGGGAUGCUAUUAUUCAA